CUGAUGCAACUCGUCGUCCUCCUGCCGUGCACCGCAAACCACCAAUGUAUAUUACACCUAUAUCGCAGAGACCACCUACAAUAGACCCACAUCCAUCCAUUUCCCUUCGUCUCCGCAGACUUUUUCGGAUCGCUUCUCACACGAAUGCAGUCCCUCCUACACGUAAUGAUCAACUUUGUGGUCCCCUGGAUUUCCCUGCCACGUCGCCCCUACCCCGCCCUCUCUUGGGGCGCACCACAACUCAGAGACGUUCAAACAUGAAUUCCGGCGAGAACUCUCGAUCACUGUCAAUCACCCAACCAUCUGCUACCUCCAAUACUCGCCCAUACAAUCUACCAACCUGGUGGCCCCUUCGUGUGAGUCACGCACAGCCGCCUAUCGUCGAUGUUCCUCUCGCGCAGGGUAAAGAGCGCAACGCUUCAGCGGAUGCUCCCAAAAAAGACGAUGAUAUAGUACCCGAUGAAUACUUCGACCCGCCUUCACCAAACCCCGAUUCACAACAACCAGGAGCAGCAGCACAGACCAACACUGGAGGGCAUGGAGGCGACCGGUGUUGUUUCUGCUUCUAGCAUCAUUGCCGCUGACAUUUUCUGUACCGUAUCUUC